AUGGCCCCCUUUGAGUGGCGAGUCGUGGUCAUCCUGCUGGUGAAAACAGCCCUGGCCCGCUGCGAGCAUCAGUACAGGCCAAAGCCCGACCACAAGUCAGUCUCCGUCGUAGACCUUGUCGAGAGCAAAAACACGCGGUACGACCCGUCGCCAGCCGACCUGGACAUCGGGAGACUGAUGAUGAAGCUCGGACGCUUCCUGGACACGCAGUACAUGGGCAUCGAGCAGCCGCCUGCCGCCGGCGACGUCAACCACACCACCUGGAAGCUGCCAUUCAAGGUGAAGCCGAACGGCCGGCUGAAGCUGACCUCCCGGCUGCCGGCCAGCCUGCGCCGUCUCCGCCUCGACAGGCUGUCGCUUCCCAACGGCACCACGCGGCGGGUCCGGCUGUCGCGGCGCGUGCAGCGCAAGAUGCUCAAGUACCUGCACGUGUACACGCACUGUGCUGUGCGCCACCGGUGGAAGGACCUGGGCGUGCGCUUCUGGCCGCGCUGGGUGCGCACGGGCCUGUGCGACACGGCCCGCUCCUGCUCCGUGCCGGCCGGCAUGACGUGUCAGCCGGCGCGCAGUCGCCACCUGACCCUGCUGCGCUGGCACUGCCAAGACUGGCGGCGCGGCCGGCACUGCAAGUGGCUGCACGUGCGGUACCCGGUGGUGACGCGCUGCGCCUGCGCCUGCCAGCGGCCGUAAGGCUGCGCAGCAGGCGGCGCCGGCCGGCCGCGCGCCAUUCUCAGUACCUGACCAUAACGGCGCCCGCCGCCCGGGCCUCGUCGUCGAACACGAGACGCGUGCCGCAGUAGACAUUCCUGUGGCGCGCGCCAACGCUCGGCGCACGCUCGCCACGGAUGGCGGUGGAGUGGCUCGUGGGGGCUGACGUGACAUCGUGACCUCAUCGCCGCGCAGUAGGGUGUGGUCGUCAGUUUGACUCGCCCCCUAGUGGGAUGUGGCCGUUCGCCUGACUCGUUCCCCACUCGGGUGUGACCAUCAGCUUAACUCGCUCCCAGUCGGAUGUGACCGUCAACUUAACUCGCCCUCCGGUGGUAUGUGACCGUCAGUUUAGCUCAUCCCCACCGCGGUGUGACCGUCAGCUUGAUUCAU